GGGAAAAAAAAAAAGGAGGUAUUAUUACGCAUACUAAUUACGGGAUUGAGAGUGUUGUGUUCUUUGAACUUUGAAGGUCUCUUCGAAAAUGGCGGACUGAUCUUUGUUGUGGCGGAGCUUCUUUCUGGAAGCUUCUCCGCCGUCUUCUUCAUCGCUGAUUCCCCGAGAGCAACCCCUCUUUGUCUCCUCAUCUUCUAUAUCGCUCCCGCUCGACGCCGUGCUGUUCGGCGACUACAGCUCCGCUUCCUCCUCGCCGCUGGAGCCUGGUUCACUUCUAUUCCCUUCAGAAACGUUGGAAAAGCAGCAUUGUUAUCCAUUUUUUGUUAUCGUAAGAUCAAGAUAUUCAUUUCCACUUUUAUCGUAAAUUAGGGUUUAUGCACUUUCCCCAAAUUCUCUGCCUAUCUUCGCUGUAAAUUACCAUGAAUUUUCUCUCAAUCUCUCGCCACUUUUCAACCUGCAAGAAACCCAAUUUCGGAAUUAGCAACGUCCUUCUCUUCUCUACUGCUUCGUCUUCGUCAUUAGCUGCUUCACAAUUCAUGACCCAUUUGCAGAAAAACGGACCCAACAUAGAGAAAUCCUUGAACUUAGUCAAAGCCGAAUUGGAUGCCCCUUGUGUCACUCGGGUUUUGGAAAGCUUUUCAGUUGAAAACCGCCAAAUGGGUCUCAGAUUCUUCAUAUGGGCCGGGGUUCACCCUUCCUAUAGACACUCAACAUACAUGUAUAACAAAGCUUGUAACUUGCUGAAAGUUAAGGAAAACCCGAAUAUCGUUACUGAUGCUUUUGAGGCUUAUGAGGUGGAGGGAUGCAUAGUCAGUGUAAAAAUGUUUAGGGUUGUGUUUAAUUUGUGUAGAGAGGCUAAAGAUGCAGGCUUGGGGUUGUGGGUGUUGAGGAAAAUGAAGGAUUUUAAUUGCAGGCCAGACAUGAUUGCUUAUAAUGGAGUGAUUAGGUUGCUGUGUGAGAAGGGGGAUAUAGAUGGGGCAAUGGGAUUGAUGAGAGAGAUGGGCUUGAUUGAUCUUUACCCUGAUAUGGCCACUUAUGUUAUGAUGAUCAAGGGUUUGAGUGAGGUGGGUAGGUUGGAGGAGGCUUGCAGGUUGGUUAAAUCGAUGAGAGGGCACGGUUGCUUGCCCGGUACAGUGGUGUAUUCCGUGCUUCUUGAUGGGAUUUUGAGGUUUGGGAGUCUGGAAAGGGCGAUGGAGUUGUUGGAGGAAAUGGAGAAAGAAGGCGGCGAUUGUAGACCAAAUGUUGUUACCUAUACCACUCUGAUUCAGGGGUUUGUUGAAAAAGGCUGUUCGGUAGAGGCAAUGCCUAUUUUGGGUCGAAUGGAGGAUUUGGGGUGUAAGCCGAAUAGAGUAUUGAUCUCUACUCUCAUUCACGGGCUGUGUGUGGAUGGUCAUGUCGAGGAGGCUCAUAAGGUUGUGAAUCGAGUUGCUGGAAAUGGUGUUUCUAACGACGAGUGCCACAGUUCUCUCGUGUUGUCACUGUUUCGGACUGGAAAACUUAACGAGGCAGAGGUUGUUUUUAGGAGGAUGCUGGCUGCCGGGCUGAAGCCUGACAGCUUGUCUUCGGGGACAAUGAUAAAAUGGCUGUGCUCAGAGGGAAGGAUUCUGGAUGGAUAUCAAUUGAUGGAUGGAAUUGAGAAAGCAGGAUGUGUAUCUUCAAUGGAAUCGGAUACGUAUUCAAUUCUGUUGGAUGGGCUCUGUCGAGGUAAUCAUUUGAUGGAAGGCGCGAAACUUGCUAACCUAAUGAUCAAGAAAGGGAUUCAGGUGAAAUCAAAUUAUGUUAAAGAUAUUAUCAAACAUCUGAAAAGCUCUGGAGAAGAGGAGUUGGCGUCGCGCAUUGGUAGGAUUCAAUGCUGAUCGUGGACUGCAAUUUUGUUCCAAUUUGUUUCUACAAAAGUGUAAAUUUUACACUUUUUUUUCCCAAAACUUGUUUGGUGAGAUUUCUGCCCACUGGAUCAGGCAGUAAAAAAAUUUUGUACUCGAUUUUGUAGUCUAAUUCUUUAUAGAAAUCUCUAGAUUGAUGUUUCACA